AUGGCUGGGGGGUUGUGUCCUAUGCUUCAGCUUCUAGGGACAUGCUGGAUGCUGUUGUGCUUGAAUUUCAUGGGUUGCAAUGGUAAAUUAGUGGAAGAGGAAAAAAGGGCACUUUUAGAGCUGAGGGACUCCCUUAACUAUCCCAAUGGCUCUGCUUUAAUUAAUGAAUGGAUUGGAGAAGACUAUUGUGCAUGGGCUGGUAUUUUUUGUGGCAGUGAUCCGAACAAUGAUUCAUGUGUUCUUGAUAUUUUUCUUACCAACAAAAGACAACUUGGACUUGGAAUAUGGCAUCCUAAUGCAACCUUGUUGACUCGUUUCACGCAUCUUCAGUCUCUGUAUGUAUCUGGCAAUGCUAUUGGCAACUGGAUCAUGCCAGAAUCUAUUCUUUUCAUCAAGAAGUUCUUUCAUUACCUGUAUUCAUCAUUAUGCAAAUUGCACAACCUGAAGGAAUUGGAUCUAAGUUUCAACCCUUUAAAUGGUGAUGCUCUGCCUCAUUUUCAAGUAUGUAGCCUCGCAUCACUAGAACAGCUAUACCUUUCAGGGGUUUAUCCUAGUUCCUCUUUACCACUUCUCAGAGUGUGUGGACUAAAGAAUAUCCGGAGAUUAGAUCUAAGCAGCAAUAAUCUUAUAGAUGAUAGUAUACCACAUUGCCUAUUCAAUGAUCUUCCAUACCUUGAAAGCCUUGACUUGUCCAGGAAUAACCUCAAGAAUUCCAAUCACAUUCUAUCAGAUGAAGAACAUUGGACAAAGCUAAUAGUUGGUGUCUUCCUUCGAAUUUAUUCGGACAACUUGCUGAAAUUUACUUCUGUCAUGCCAGAAUUUGAGCCAAAAGCUGUGUUAAAUCUCCAGGAUAACCUUAUCCAAGGUGGAUUUGAUCCAUGCUUUGGUGGAAUGAGUUCCUUGGUUUCUUUAGAUCUUUCUUUUAAUCAUUUUGAGGGGAGUGUUUCUUCUUCCAUAUUCAGCAACCUGACUUCACUCAAGACCCUCCUUCUUUCAGACAAUCGGUUUGAUGGACUUCUCCUGUUUUCAAAUUUUGCUAACCUCUCCAACCUUGAAUCCAUUGAUCUUUCAAAUAACGAGUUCAUAGUUGACACUGAAACUCCAUCUUGGGUCCCAUCUUUUCAACUUGUAUCCCUUAACCUACGAAAUACUAGACUAAACCAGAAAUAUGGCCACGUAAUUCCAACUUUCAUUUCCAAACAACACAAGUUGAAGUCCCUGUCUUUGUCCUAUAAUGCCCUUCAAGGAAACGUUCCGUCCUGGUUGUUGUAUAACAAUACACUUCUUAUGUUGUCUUUGAGAGGCAACCAUUUGUAUGGUGGAAUUCCUGCAUCUUUUCAGUUUCAAGCAUCAAGUCUUCUGAUGCUUGAUGUAUCAGAUAAUUGCUUGGGCCGUACACUUCCCACUAACGUGCUAGAGUUAUUUCCAGACUUACGCUUUCUUAACCUGUCAAAUAACGCCCUCGAAGGCAUCCUUCCUUCAUUUUUUGACCAUCUGUCAAAGUUAGAGGUCCUGGACCUUUCUGACAAACUUCCUGUGGGGAAAACUUUCUCCAACUUUAAGGCAGAAUAA